GGAAAAAGUUGCGACUCCCCCACCCUCUGGAGAACGGACGUAAAAGUUAGUUGGAGUUUCACCGUGCGAGAAAACGGAGUAUAAUCAUACGAUCUAGAUGGGAUUAUCGUUGUUUUUAUCACGGGAAACUCCCUUCGCGUCUGUUGGAGUGGCGAAACGGAGCGGACAAGCCACUCGGGACCCAGCACCGUGUCGUGAGGAUGAGGAGGAUGAGGUCCGCUACUUUGGAAAGAUAAGGGCCGGCAUGUUGUUUGGGGAACCUUGUUAGUGACUAACGACUUAUUUUCGUGAAGUUUAGUGGGAAAUGCGCAGCAGUCACACCUGAAAGUUGUCGUAAAAACACUGGAACAGCUCAACUGAAUGCUCCCUUUCCUGCUAUUCUUCUCUACACUCCUCUUUGCUUCCUGCUUGUGGUGGGCCACUCUACUUAAUGGCUAAAUAUACUUAAAAACAGCUCUCAGAGUCCAGGCAGGAAACCUUUUUUCUUCUUCUCCAUCUUGUCUUUUCUUUCAUUUGACUCCUGGACUUCGAAACAAACGAGAAAAUGCGGGGACAAACCACUUUUUGACUAUUUUUUAAAAUCAUCUUUUAAGCCUGCAAGUUUACGUCCUAACAAAUCUAUUUCAAGACAACCCUUGGAGUGUAUUUAGGAAGCUUUUAGUGAAUAGCGAAUUUAGAGUAUUUGUAUUUGUAUUUGUAUUUAUUUUGAUCUCCAUUAGUUGUAACAAGUACAGCUACUCUUCCUGGAGUCUAGCCGGAUUGCCUUAAAGAAAUAUUGUUAUAUUUUUUCUUAUGUUUUAAACCCAAUGCUAGUUUUCAACUCUUAAAAGUUGCUAAAUACACACUCAGAGUCCAGUCAGGAAUCCUUUGAUUCAUUUUGUUUGUCAUUUUAGUGUCUUGGAUGGCAUUCUUUUCAAUCCUAGUCUAUUGGUAAGCCCCUUUAAAUUCAUCAAUAAUUAGAAUUUUAAAAAUUGUGAUUGAUUUUUUUUUUGGGGUCCUUCGUGUGACUGGGGGUUUUUUUGGGUCCCCAUUGUGACCGUUGCAUUGAAAUGGGUUAAAGGCUGUAGAAAAGCCAGAUUGAGAGCUUUUUUUGGGGGGUAUCGUUUACCAGUCGAGCUAGCUAGGCUAAAUGCCUUGAAAUACCUUAAAACUGAAUCCAAGUCCUUGACCUGGAGUUUAUGCUGUCGUUUUGAGUGUGCGACACUAACCGAGUAUUGGGAAAGCGUUAGCCACAUGACGUUGAGGAACGACCCCAAUUCUCGAGGUCUUAACCUGACCCGGACGAUGCGGCGUGGGUUGGUUUCACCAGUCGAUCCUCCCUGUUAAACGCUUCACUGGUCCCUGAUGAACCAACAAGACCGACGGGAAAGGGAGCGAGGCGCAAUAAAGUACUCCUUUGUACUUUAUUUUCAAACCCUCAGGGCGCAGAGUGAGAUUCGCUCGGAACGAGCGGGGAAGGCUCCAUGGAGCCGCUGAAGAACAUAUUCAGCCGAGGCCCGUUGUCCAACUGGAAGAACUUGGAACAAUCGCAAAAAGGCAAUUUCAGCAACCCAGUGUGGACAGCGUUGUUCGACUAUGAGGCGUCCUGCAAAGACGAGCUCACCCUGCGGAAAGGCGACCAGGUGGAGGUCCUCUCGUUGGACUCGGAGAUAUCCGGCGACGAAGGUUGGUGGGCGGGCAAGGUCAACAACAAGGUGGGCAUCUUUCCUUCCAAUUAUGGCUCUUUCAAGCCCAGCGGAUACGGGAAGCUACAGGGUAAUGCCGUGGUGGGCGAACUGGGCCCCGCCAUGGGCGGCGAGUUGGAACCCGCCGUGGUGAACUUCCGCGAACUGAGCCUUCAAGAGGUGAUCGGAGUGGGCGGCUUCGGGAAGGUGUAUCGCGGAACGUGGCGAGGCGCGCUGGUCGCCGUCAAAGCCGCCCGUCAGGACCCGGACGAGGACAUCAGCGUGACGGCGCAGAACGUCCGGCAGGAAGCGCGACUCUUCGCCAUGCUCACACACCCCAACAUUAUCGCCCUGAAAGGCGUUUGUCUGCAAGAGCCAAACUUGUGUCUCAUCAUGGAGUACGCCUCUGGCGGACCCCUGAGCCGGGCGCUGGCCGGACGACGCAUCCCGCCUCACAUCCUUGUCAACUGGGCCGUGCAAAUCGCUCGCGGGAUGCUCUACCUUCACAGCGAGGCCAUCGUCCCCGUCAUCCACCGAGACCUCAAGUCCAACAACAUCCUUUUGGCUCAGCCCAUCGAGAACGAAUGCAUGGAGGCUCUGACGCUCAAGAUCACUGACUUCGGCUUGGCCAGGGAGUGGCACAAGACCACCAAGAUGAGCACGGCGGGCACCUAUGCCUGGAUGGCCCCUGAGGUUAUCAAGUCCUCUACUUUCUCAAAGGGCAGCGACGUUUGGAGUUAUGGUGUUCUGCUGUGGGAGCUUCUAACGGGAGAGGCGCCCUACAAAGGGAUCGACGGGCUCGCCGUGGCAUACGGCGUCGCCGUCAACAAACUGACGCUGCCCAUCCCUUCCACGUGUCCUGAGCCCUUCGCUCAGCUCAUGUCAGAGUGCUGGGACCAGGACCCGCAUCGUCGACCCAACUUUGGAUCCAUCCUGGCCCAGCUGACGGCGCUGGAGCAGCAGGUGAAGGAGGAGAUGCCGCAGGACUCCUUCCACUCUCUGCAGGAGGACUGGAAGCUGGAGAUCCAGGACAUGUUUGACGAGCUGCGCGCAAAGGAAAAGGAGCUGCGGUGUCGUGAAGAGGAGCUAAAACGUGCGGCUCUGGAGCAGAAGUCCCACGAGGAGUUCUUACGGCAGCGCGAGCAGCAGCUAGCUCAGUGGGAGCAGGAUGUGUUUGAGCGCGAGCUCAGCCUCCUUAUCCUACACCUGAACCAGAACCAGGAGAAGCCCAACGUAAAGAAGCGCAAGGGAACAUUCAAGAAGCACAAGCUUAAAAGCAAGAAUGGCGAAAAGAUAAGCAUGCCACAAGAUUUCAUCCACAAGAUCACCGUGCAGGCAUCACCCGGGCUUGAGAAGAGGCGAAACUCGCCCGAUUUGGGCUCAGGCUCUUCACCGUCGUUUGGUCCGCGUUUCCGCGCCAUCCAGCUUAGUCCCAGUGACAACAGCAAAACAUUUGGUCUGAGUGCAGUUUGGCCCCUAGAGGUCCCAGCUCAUAAGCAGGCCAACGGAGAGCUGAAAUUGUGCCCUCACUGGAGGCCUCAAAGCCCUAAAAGUCCCAAAAGCCCCAAAGUCUUGCGCCUCAGUCCUCAGGAGAGCAGUUUGUCCAUGAGAGCCAAGCUGUUAGAGUCACACUGCAAUGAGAACGGAGAAGCUGCGGACGACUUUGAGGAGUACAGGCCCCCUACGCCGACCCUUUCCCUGGCCCACAAUGGCUCCUCAAUGAAAGACGGCCUGCGACUUCCCCUUCAGCAAGGAGACUCUGGCAGUGAAGAAGGAGGGUCUUCUCCCGCGGGCUCCCCCAGGCCGGACAGGGGCCCUCUCGGCCUGAUUAAGAACACCCACCAGGCUCUGCUAGGGACCGGCUCCCUCUUGGCAUCCAUAGGUUUAGGUCGAUGCUUGGACAUCUUGCCAAAAGUUCCCCCUCGAACGAACCCUCCGUCCCUCGAAGAGUGUGCGGCCUCCUUUCUGGAGGGCUCGCCCUCCAAGCCCCUUGUUCAGCAACCCCCCUUCGUGGACGACCUCAUCACCUUUGCCUCCUCCGAGCCGCUUUUGGAUUUAGCGUUGCGGUGCCAAGAACUGAAGCCGCCACCAAGCGCGGGAUGUCAACACCGGAUACGGCCGGACGCAAGUCUGGGGGAACGCGACCAGAGCUUCUUCGCCACCAACGGGAACGCAAAUUCCGAGAGCUCGGCACACAGAAGCCAGCAGAGGAGGAGGUCCAGUCCGAGCCUGCUCGGCUCCCAGCUAGUACUGGACCUGCCCUUGUGCCAAGACACGCAAGACUCUGAUGACAAGCCCCCCACACCGCGCACUCUUCAUCCCAAGGUGGCUCCCUGGAGCCGGCUGCAGGUCAACGUCAUCCCCCGACCUCGUCCGUCGCCUGUACGCCCCCGCAUCGAUGCUUGGAGCUUCAUCUCGGCAGGCGGCGGGACUCCAGGAGUCGGGCGUAGCCCGAGACGCUCGGACAGCGUCCCGCUGGGGUACCGGCCCUCCCCGACGAAUCCCUUCUCCAACUGCGACCCUUUCCCCUCGCCGGCUUGCGACCCCUUCGCCCUCAGAGCCGACCCGUCGUUCGCCCUGGACAAAACUUCGCCCUUCGAUCCCUUCUCUGCGCCUUUCCCCACCUCGCGUUCGGCGCCGUGCUCCGCCAACGGCUCGCCCACUUUGCCGUCAUUUCGCAUUGCGCCACUCAACCCGGCCGACUCGCCGCUCAUCGACCUGGGAUGGGCCGCCUGCGGCAAGCAACCGGACGGAACCAAAGAGCGAGCCCACCCCCGAAGGACUCUGGGGCUCAAACCCUUCAAGUCUCCUACUCAACUCCGAGACGACCGCUUCUGAAGUCCGCUCUCGACAAACGAGGACUGUUUACCGGGACCCUAUUUGUACCUCGACCUGCAAAAAACCAUUGAGGCCGCAAAUAUCCAGUAAAUCACUGUUUAAUAGAUGAAAAGCAGCAAUAUAGGGCGAGCAUACAAACAUUUUAUAGUUUUAAACUGAGCUUCAACAUGUGGGACCUCAAAGCAGAUAGGACAUGUUCAAGAACCAUGUUUUGUCACUCAGUACAAGGAAAGGAGCAACUUUUACCGCGCUUCGUAGGAACGCGUCCCCACAUUUCACAUUACACCAAAGAGUCAACAUUCAACAUGACCAGUGAUUUCCAUCAGUAAGAAUUAAAUUUAGGGGAGUGAGAGUGGAAGUUAGACUAAUGCGUUUGUGGUUUGGUUUUGAAAGUGUCAACUAGGAGUAGAAUAGAGGUGGAUAGAGUAGCUAAAAAUUUGACUCGGGUGGCGUUACUUCAAAAGAGUUUCACCAACGACACGUAGCAACAGUAAUCACAUGACUUCAUGAUACCCAUCAGACGCAAGCAAGGAUUUUAUUUGGCACAGCUUGACCAUGGAAAACCGCAAAUAUGAUCCUUUUAAUUUCACCAUGGGAAAUAUGUUUUCUCUCCGCGACCCUCGUGAGGAAUAAGCGGCAUGGAAAAUGAAUGAAUGAAUGAAAUAUGUUUUCUCCACUAGAGGGCACGCAUGCUCUUAGGCUGAAUGAUGCUUCAUUUCUCUAGAUUUUUUUUUCUUGCUGGAAUUCAAUUUUUUUGUGUGUAAUGUGGUUGUGUAAUAGUCUGCUUUGGCUACUCUACCCACUUCUGACUAUAACAUAUUACGUGACCAUAUUGGUUCCACAAAAAAAUCAUCGAAUUCCGACUCCAAAAAUCUACAGAAAUGAGACAUCACCUGUACACAGUCUUGGAGAAAAAUAUUUCCUACCAUGAAUUAAAAACAAUCAUAGCUCCGGUUUUCCGUGGUUUAAUAUGUUGAAUAAAGAGGACAAAUAUGACGUAGCCCGAUUAAGAGUAGCAUUUCUUCGUCACAAGUCUAGUCAAAGUAAAAAGUAUGGCAUGGUAAAACCUGUUAGAAGUACGUUUUUCUCCAAAAGUUUGCGUGACUGCCCACCUCUGAAUGUGACAAUAUGAUAUUAAAAAGCAAUACGUUUAUUGGAGAAGGUGUUCGACCAUGUCCUGUAGGGGUGCUGAGGAAGUACAGGGUACCGAGGCCCUUGUUACGGGCUGUUCGUUCCUGUACGACCCGUGCCGGUGUUUGGUCUGCAUUGCCAGUGUUAAAUCGAAUUGGUUCCCGGUGAGGGUUGGACUCCUCCAAGGUUGCAGUUUGUCGCUUGAAGAGGUCUAGUUCGGUGGCCGCAGCAUCUCUGCUUUUUGCAGUCGGAUGUGGUGCUGUUGGCGUCAUCAAACAGUGAUCUCCAACUCUCACUGGAGCGAUUCGCACCCGACUGUGAAGCAGUUGUGAUGAAGUUCAGCACCUCAAAAUCCUAGACCGUGGUCCUCAGUCGGAAAAGGGUGGCGUGCCUUCUUCGGGUCGGGGAUGAGAUCCUGCCCCAAGUGGCGGAGUUCAAGUAUCUUGGGGUCUGGUUCACGAGGGAUCGUUGCUAGGUCUGCAGUGAUGUGGACUCUGUACCGGUCUGUUGUGGUGAAGAAGGGGCAAGCUCGGUCAUCUGAGAGGGACUCUGGGUCAAGCUGCUCGUACUCUGUGUUGAGAGGAGCCAGUUGAGGUGGCUUGGGCAUCUGGUUCGGAGGCAUCUCCCUGGCGCAAGACCCCAGGGACAACCCAGGACACCCUGGAGAGUCUAUGUCUCUCGGCUGGUUUUGGGAUCGCACCGGAGGAACUGGUUGAAGAGCCCGCUCCGGGUUGGGGAUGAGAUCCUACCCCAAGCAGCGGAGUUCAAAUAUCUUGGGGUCUGGUUCAUGAGGGAUCAGUGCAAGGUCUGCAGUGAUGCAGACUCUGUACCGGUCUGUUGUGGUGAAGAAGGGGCGAAGCUCUUGAUUUACCAGUCGAUUUACGUUCCUACCUAUGAUGACGAGCUGUGGGUCGUGACAGAAAGAACAACAUCCCGGAUACAAGCAAGCAAUAUUAGUUCCCUCCGCAGGGUGUCCAGGCUCUCCCUUAGAGAUAGGGUGAGAAGCUCGAUCAUCUGAGAGGGACUCAGGGUCGAGCCGCUCCUCCUCUGUGUUAAGAGGAGCCAGUUGAGGUUGCUUGGGCAUCUGGUUCGGAUGCAUCCUGGACGUCUCCUGGCGCAAGAUCCCGUGGACCACCCAGGGCACCCUGGAGAGUAUGUCUCUCGGCUGGUUUUGGGAUCGUACUGGAGGAGCUGGUUGAAGUGCCCUCUCUGGGUCGGGGAUGAGAUCUUGCCCCAAGUGGCAGAGUUCAAGUAUCUUGGGGUUUGGUUUACGAGGGAUCGGUGCAAGGUCUGUACCAGUCUGUUUUGGUGAAGAAGGGACAAAGCUCUUGAUUUACCAGUCGAUCGACGUUCCUACUUACGGUGACGAUCUGUGCGUUGUGACCAUUAGUUUCCUCCGCAGGGUGUCUGGGCUCUCCCUUAGAGAUAGGGUGAGAAGCUCUGUCAUCUGAGAGGGACUCAGGGUCUAGCUGCUCCCCCUCUGUGUUGAGAGGAGCCAGUUGAGGUUGCUUGGGUAUCUGGUUCGGAUGCAUCCUGGACGUCUCCCUAGCUCCAGACCCUCGGGGACAACCCAGGACACCCUGGAGAGUCUAUGUCUCUCGGCUGGUUUAGGGAUCGCGCCGGAGAAGCUGGUUAAGGAGCACUCUCCGGGUCGGGGAGGAGAUCCUGCCUCAAGUGGCGGAGUUCAAGUACCUUGGGGUCUGGUUCUCAAGGGAUCGGUGCAGUGAUCCGAACUCUGUACCAGUCCGUUGUGGUAAAGAAGGAGCGAACCUCGAUUUACCAGUUGAUCUACGUUCCUACCUUCAUCUAUGGACACGAGGUGUGGGUCGUGACCGAAAGAACAAGCGAAAGAACCGGAUACAAGCGGCCGAAAUGAGUUUCCUCUGUAGGGUGUCAGGACUCUACCUUAGAGAUAGGGCGAGAAGCUUGGUCUUCCGGGAUGGACUCGAGUUGAGCCGCUACUCCUACGCGUUGAAAGGAGCCAGCUGAGGUGGCAUCUGGUUAUGAUGCCUCCUGGAGAGGUCCCAAAGGCACGCUGGAGACACUAUGUCUCUCGGCUGGCCUUGGGAUCCCGCCGGAGGAGCUGGGAGUCUGGGCUUCCUUGCUAAAGCUGCUGACCCCAGGUUAAGGUGCCCGGACUGAACACAUUACAGUAAAUAGAAUUGUAGCUUGCAUGUUAUAAAACUUGUAUAGUAAUAGAAAUAUACAGGGACGGGGUUCGGGAUAUUUAUGAAUGGCUUCUAUGUCACACACUGGAUCAAAAUGUCCUUUUCUCAGCGGCCUCGGACACAAUCUACAUCAGGAUGAUGUUUUCCACUGGACUUUUUAAACGUUUGGGUGCUUCUAAUGUCCAGUUCAUGACAAUCUCUCCAUUUAAGUAUAUUAGAAGAUGAUCUUGAGUUCGGUAGGGGUGUUGCACAAAAGUAGGAUUAAAAACAUCUGGGAUAAACGCUAAAAUGCCACUUGACCAGGAUUAAUUUAGCUUUAGCUUUUGUACAACCAAUGUGAGGCUUACAUUAGCCAAUGUUUCCAGACUUAAUCCCUUAUCCUGGUUUUGUGCAAUACCCCUCGGAUCUAAUUUGAUCUUAGAAGUGAAGCUGGACACGACUGAAGUCAUAUUCAUCUUUUGUCUGAUUUUUCUGUGUUUGUGUUUUUUGUUUGCUGAAUCAUGUUUUUUUUUUUUUUUUUUUUUUUUUUUUUUUUUUUUUUUUAAAUGUAUAUAAUUCUAUUUUUCUGUGACCUGCCAAUUUCAUGUGGUUUCAAAGAACGUAUGGAAAUCUCAGUCUGGGCUGGGCCUAAUUAACUCUUAUUGUUCUGUGUCAAGAAGAUUUAUUUCCCUACAACGUGUGUAAACGUGUUUUUAUUAUUUCUCGACUAUUACAAAUGGUUUAACCUGUGGAAAUAAACAACAAAAAAUAUGA